UAAAAAUGUCAGUUCCAUCCUCGUCAUGUCUUCUCAAAGAGUGUAUCUGUACCUCCGAAUGAUUGACUGAUCAGCUCAAACAUCUCUGCAAUUCUUACGAGUAGAUUUGGCAUUUCUUUUGCCGGGUAGCUCUUCGGUUAUAAGGGUUUCGAAGAGCCUAAAUAGAAGAUAUAAUGCGGCUGAGCUCCGAUCUACUCCUCUCUUUGGUUCCUUCGUUGACUUUCUAUCAUUCUUCUAAUCGUUUGAAACCUCUUGAAAAGAGUGAUUGGCGUGGUAAUCUUAGUUAAUCUUUCCCUCCCUUCUCGUUUUUUUUUCUUCUUUCUCCUAGAUCCCUUUGUUUCAUAUCCGCCUUCCUCUGGUUCUAACGGUUUUCUUAAGCUCGGUUUAGAAGCUAAUCCGUUCUUUCGGUGUUUCUUGAUCUGCGACGCACGAGUUACUGUUUUUGCGAUAAUUGGAUAUGAGCUCAGUAUGUGGUGCGUUGGAUUACAAAGAUGCAGAGUCUCACCUUAAGAGCACUUCUGCUUCUAGUUCCAAUAAAUGUUGUAAUAAUGGCUCUGGUAAUGGAUCUGACGAUGCUCAAGAGUCUGAUGGGGAUGAUAGUGGUGGUUAUACACACCAAUAUGUGAAUGAAGAGUCCAAAGACAUCACCAAACCCAUUCUCAAGUCUUCGGAUGAUGAUGACGACAAGAACCUUGCCACCGCUGAGAGUAUGAUUGCUGCGGUAACCAUCAUCCCAGCCAUAAAAGGCAGCCGAGAGAAGCAUGGCAAGUCCCUGGAGAAGCUGAGCGUGUCAUGGGCUGAAGAUGUGUAUGAUCCUCCACCCUCCCUUGUAUCUCACACGCGGAGCAAGAAACAUCAACCGCAGAAAUCAAAGAGCAGAGAUAGCUUGAAGAAGAAUGGAAAGAAGGGACAAAAGGGGAGCAGCAAUUCUUCAUCUUCAUCAUCCCGUGGCAGCAAAGACAAGAAAUCUUCUUCUUCUCGCAGCAAACACAGUCGUGAUAAUAAGUUCGGAUGGGCCACACAAACGUCUAUUGUAGCCGCAUCUUCUUGAAUUGUCUGUGGCUUGAACAACGCACGUGCGUCUUCCUUACUCCUUGUCGCCUCUCUCUCUCUUGUUUAUAUAUAAAUAAAAAGCUAUGGUGUGAAAACUUCUUGAAUUGUUUCUCUUGUUACAAGAGUUACCACUAGUUUUGUGAACCUUGUGAUGUUGUCGGAUUUCAAGUUUAAAAACUAUCGUUAUCAUUUUGAUAA